CCCAGCGUUCAAUUUCCUUCCUGGAAUCUUAAACGUCUAAAAACUGUCCCUAUUAUCAAUUCUAACUACCGAAUCGGCCGUGCUACUGCUCAACAUAUUCCGGAUCUUCGCUGUUACCGACCACCUACAUCGCGAUAUCCUGAACCUUCUCGUAUCGCUAAGGUUCCGCAUGCUAGGCGACCUGAAGUGACUACGCCGAUAUCGUCCUUCGAUCCCUCUCUCCCGUUGAAAUUAAACCGCGGCAUUCUUCUCAUCGUAUAAAUCGAGUCCCUGGACGAAACCCCAUUGCAAGGGAAUUCACGAGCAAAGAUGGCGGGCAAGAUGUGGGAGGUGGAUCCGGAGACAAGGAGCAAGCUCCUCGAGAUCCAGAAGACGAACAACAACAACGUGUGUGUCGAUUGCCCCGCACCGAGUCCACAAUGGGCUUCCCCCAAACUCGGCAUCUUCAUGUGCCUCACCUGCUCCGGCAUCCACCGCGGCCUCGGCGUCCACAUCUCCUUCGUCCGCUCCAUCACCAUGGACGCCUUCAAGCCCGCCGAGCUCGCCCGCAUGUCCCUCGGCGGCAACCAACCCUGGCGCGACUUCUUUGACCGCCACCCAGACAACGUGGCCCAGGCCCGCACCUUCGACGACUGCACCGUCGCCGACCGCUACGAUUCCCUCGCCGCCGAGGAGUGGCGGGAGCGCUUGAGCUGCAAGGUCGAGGGGCGCGAGUUCGUCGCCGGCUCCGUGGAGAAGGAGCGAGAGAAGCGGAGGAAGACCGCGGCGGAGCGCGCACAACAGCGGGCUGGCGCUGGCGCCGCGAUGGGUGGGUCGUCCGGGCAGAGCAGUCGGGCGGCGACGCCGGUGGCGCGGACGCGGGUAGCGGAGGGGCCGGCACCGGGGAAGGGAGGGUCGCCGGCGCUGGGGACAUCGAGCCUGUCAGCAGCAGCAGCGCGGAAAGCGCAGAAUGAGGCGUAUUUCUCGAGGAUGGGGGCAGAGAACGCGGGGCGGUCGGCGGACUUGGCGCCGAGCGAGGGGGGGAAGUACGCGGGGUUUGGGAGCGAUCCGUCGUAUCUAGCGGGGCCGGCGGGAGGGUCCGGCGGGGGUUUGGGGUUGGAUGAGUUUCAGAAGGAUCCGGUGGCGGCGUUGUCGAAAGGGUUUGGGUGGUUGAGUACGACGGUGGGGAAGGGGGCGAAGGAUGGGUAUGAGGGGUGGGUGGUGCCGGGGAUGAAGAAGUUCGCCGAGUCCGACCUUUCCAAAGCCGCCAGCCAAACCGCCCUGAACCUCGGAGCCGGUCUCCAAUCCACUACCCGCACGGCCACCGAAUCCUUCGGCCGCUUCGUCGAAGGCGAGGACGGGAAGCUCCAUCCCGCCAGCUCCACCGGCCCGGAACGGAAGGAUUUCUGGGAUUCGUUCGGCGGAGAGGAACCGGCUGCUACAACGAGCAAGGUCGGGCCGCCGGCGGAGAAGAAGGACUUCUGGGAUGAGUUUGCGGCGGCGGGGGAGACGACGACGCAGGGGCAGGGAGGGCCGGCGAAGAAGAGCGGGGCGAUUGGGACGGCGGCGAUGAAGAAGGGGAAUGAAGGGGGGAAGAAGGACGGAGACGAUGGGUGGGGGGAUUGGUAGGAUGGAUGCAUCUUGGGUGUUGGAAGUGGAAGGGAUUGUACGAUGACGAGCCGGAGUUACGAAGCAUUGGCCCUUAUUUUUAUAUCUUGGAUAGAUUCUCAAGAUGCAGAAAAUACAUGUUGCUCUAUUAUUCAAAAAUCCUCCCGCAUGCUGCUGGCAUGCUACCUAGCCAAUCUAUAUGAAUUUUGUAGAUGUUACCAAUUAUAGCGCUCCCAAUUCCUUCAACUUUGCAAUCAUCCCAUCGACAUUCUCCACCUUCACUCCUCCCUCCCUCGCCGGCGGCUCCUCCACGCUCACCGUCUUCAACCGCCUCUCCACAUCUACCCCCAUCUCCUCCAAUGAGCGCUUCACCACCGGCUUCUUCUUCG